GACCCGGACUUACUUUACGCACUACCUAUCCUGGUCCAUACUGUAUCACUGGUAUCCUUGAACACACUACUCGAGGAUACCAUCCAUGGCGACAACGACAAAGAAAGCUGCCGCUCAGGAAGGCAGUGGUAGCCGUGACUACAAAUAUUCCCAAGAAAUAUCUCAGAUGAUGUUUGUAUUUGGAGAGGUGCAAGAUCCAGCCGCAGAAACCGUUAAUCUCGUCGAGGACAUCGUUCGAAGUCAACUCAUCGAGCUGAUCUUGCAGGCUAGAGCUCUCGCAGCACGUCGUGGGGCCCGCUACACUUCAGCCGAAGACCUUAUUUUCCUCAUCCGUCAUGACAGAGGAAAAGUGAACCGGCUGAGGACAUAUCUAUCUUGGAAAGACGUGCGGAAGCAUGCUAAGGAUUCUGGUGGAGAGGGAGGUGCAGGUGUGGAGGUUGAGACCCUAGAGGACGGUGCUGACGAUAAACUAACGACCAAGGCCCAGAAAAUCACCAUCAAGCUACCCUGGGAGAUAACGACCAUUUAUUCAGAGGUACUCAGACAGAGUGGACACCAGUCGGACGAUGAAGAAGAUGAAGACGACAUCGAAGCUCACGAAGCUUCCAUCCAACGACUCAAGGAAGCAGACGAUGCUACACGUCAGAUGACGCGAGAGGAAUAUCAACACUACUCAGAUUGUCGUCAAGCCUCAUUUACGUAUAGGAAAGCCAAGCGCUUCCGCGACUUUCUCAAUCUUCCAGUACAGUUAGACCUAAGAGCGAACGACGACACCAUCGAUAUUGUCGGCUUUCUCGCUUUCGAAAUGGUGCGCUCGCUCACAUUGGCAGGCCUCGAUGUCAAGAAAUCACUUGAAGAGUCGUACCUCCGUGAAGACUAUACCUCUCCUGUUCUGGGGAAACGGAAAGUAAAUAGCGCCCUCGAUGCAGGGGCGAACAAACGCAGACGCGACGAUUCCCCGGAUAGGGAUGAUACACCACUCCCUGUUAGCUCGCUGUUCCUACCACCUCCUGAAGCCCGCACCGCGCUGCGCCCAGAACAUAUUCAGGAUGCUUUUUCGAGGAUGCAAGGUGACUGGUCGCACCACCGUUCUGCUGGAAUGAGAAAUUGGCGUGGAGGUCUCGUACGGACGAGAGUCAAUCUCAUCUGACCUGGUCCUCGCUCGUAUCACUUCUCCCGCCCGUUACUUGCUAUUUAUCGCUUACAUUUUGCAUUUGUACUUCUACUUUACACAUUAUUUAUACAAUUGUACAUCGUCAACUUGUCGUCAGCAAUCAAGAAACAAAAAACCAUGAAACUGGGACAAUGAUAAUUUUUCAGAACAAUAGCGAUGCUGCAACGUCCAGAUUACCACCCGCCGCAUCCAGCGAACUGAUGGCUAAUUCGCGCGUAGCUCCAAGGCCCAUGAGAGUGGCGAUAGCAGACUCUGGGUGAUGCGUUCGUGAUGCUGGAGGCGCACUCCUCGCAGCGCCUCUCUGAACUCCAGUUGGGGCUGAACCAAGUGUGUUCCCUCCCCCAGGAAACGACGGCGCAGGAGGAUUCCGGUCAGGUACAGAUGAUGAUGAUGCUGUAGCAGCUGCAGAGCGAGGUGAAGCAGUGUCAUCGACGCCAGCAUCCAUAAUCCGCGCUUUAUCCGGCAGUUCAUGCUCGGAGAGGAAGCGUACUUCACGUCCUUGAAUUCGAAGGACAUUUCUCUCCAGGUCUAUGCAAGCUUGAUGGGCUUUAAGCAUGUCGAGGCCCAGGAGGAGAUCGACAUCGCGGCCCUACGAGAUGGAAAAU